ACGCUGAGCAGAUCAAGAGGGGACCAUGAAACAGCUUCAGAAGCCAGAGAGAAGAAGAGCACCAUUUAUUACAAACUGCCAUCCCUCUCUCAAACGCUCAGCAGAAAGAAGCACAGAGGCUCAAACAAUGAAUAGUGCUCACUCUUUAGCCGGACUCCUGCUCCUCAUCAUCAUUCAAAGCAGCUGGCAGGUUCCUGACCAGGACACAGACCGACACUCUAUGCUAUUGACUGAAAACUCCAUCCUCAACGAACCAAUUGAGAUCCAAAACAUGAAGAGACAUUCAGAGGGAACAUUUUCCAACGACUACAGCAAAUACCUGGAGACAAGAAGAGCACAAGACUUUGUCCAGUGGCUGAAGAACUCAAAAAGGAAUGGGAGACGCCACGCAGACGGCACCUACACCAGCGAUGUGAGUUCCUACCUGCAAGACCAGGCAGCCAAGGAGUUUGUGUCCUGGCUGAAGACUGGCCGAGGGAGAAGAGAUUGAAGAGAUCCAGCUUUUGCCAUUUCCCAAAAUAAUGCAACCAUUCUCACUGACUCUGUGCCAUUAUAUGUUUCGCAAUCUGUACUAGACUUUUUUCUUGGUAAGAUAUUAAAUGCCCUCACAAGAAGCCCUGUUGGCCUUAAAUCGUUAAAGGACAUUUUAAAAUGUGUCAGAUGUCUGAUCAAGCCUUCAUGACAUGAUUUAUUUUUUUCACAUCUCAGUUUUUUUUUCUUCGUUUUUAAAAUCACAUUAUUGGUUUGAACUUCAAGUUUAUUAAUUACAUCUGUCAAUAGUCUAAUGCUUUUUUCUUAUUAUUCAGAAGAAAAAAAUACAUUUAGUUUUCAAUAAAGAAAU